CAGUCGGAAUAAUGUAAGGGAGGGAACCGGAAGUGAAGUUGCCACAACUUCCACACGUGUAGAAAAUUGUGAGAUUUGGCUACAUGGCAAGCUAGUUUGUGUCUUACUUUUGACACGUAUUCUGCAAAUAGACACAGUUCUCACAAUAGCACUAAAUCCGAAUUCAGGCACUGAUCUGUUGAGGUUGAGGUGAAGAAUGGCGGAGAUUGUCCAGCACCGAAUCGAGGACAGAAUCCCUGAGUUGGAACAGUUGGAAAGAGUGGGAUUGUUCACCAAAAAAGAAGUCAAAUCCAUGCUCAAAAGAGCAACCGCUUUGGAAUACAAGCUGCAUCGCCUGACCCUCUGCAAAUAUGAUUUCAUAGCAUACAUUCAAUAUGAAAUCAACGCAUUGGAGCUGAUCAAAAAGAGAAGAUCGCGCAUUGGCUAUCAUUUCAAGAGAGAAGAGAUCGAGUUUCCCAUCAUCCACAGGAUAAACACAGUGUUCAGGAGAGCAACAAACAAAUGGAAGGAUGACGUUCAACUGUGGCUCUCUCACAUUGCCUUCUGUAAGAAAUGGAACACAAAGGGUCAACUCAGCAAGGUUUUCUCAUCCAUGUUGGCCAUCCACCCUGAUAAGCCAGCCCUGUGGAUCAUGGCUGCCAAGAGUGAGAUGGAGGACAGGAACUCGUCAGAGAGUGCCAGGCACAUCUUCCUGCGGGCCCUGCGCUUCCAUCCAGAGAACAAGAAAGUCUACCAGGAGUACUUUCGUAUGGAGCUGUUGCAUGCUGAAAAAUUAAGGAAAGAGCAGAAGGAGCUGGAGCUGGCUAAGAUGGACUUGGGCGAAUACGAGUUCCCCCCAGAGGUUAUGAGUGGCAAGCUGGCUGAGGUGGUGUACAGAAAUGCUACGGGGAAAAUCCAGGGAGCCGAUCUCAUACUCUCGCUUCUCAGCAUCGCCGCCAUCUUUGACUUUACCAAAGAGCUGCAGGACGUCAUCCUUCAAGACCUCCAGGCGAACCACACGGACGACAGUGCAACGUGGGACUUCAUGGCCAUGCGGGAGCUGGAGGCCCCCGGGGCGGGGGAGGAGCUGCUGAGCGCCGCGGGACGGGCCUCCGACAUCGCCCGCAGAGAGGAGCGUUGCAGCCAGGUUUACGAGGAGGGCGUCAAGAGCCUCAACACGGAGGCUAUGUGGACCUGCUAUGUGACCUUCUGCUUGGAGAGGUUCAAGAGGAAGACCAAUGUCCAGGAGCUGAAAGACAAGAGGCAGCAAAGGCUGUUGGCAGUACUUCAGCGUGCCGAUGACGCCUCGCCGUUAAAGAAGGACUUUUUGAAGAGUUGGCUGAAGGCCCUGCUCUCCAUGGGAGACUCGGAGGGGGCGGCCCGAGUUGCCAUGGCAGCCACCCAGCGCCACAGCCAAUCGGUGGACGUGUGGAGCCUGGCCCUGCAGACGCUGAUGCAGCUUGGGAGCGGUGACACGGGGAGGCUAUUCCAAGAAGCCCUCACGCAUGUGAAUCCCAAGGAGAGUCUGCCGGUGUGGCAGCUCCAGGUGGAGUGGAGCGGGACAUCCCAGAGUCCUGAAGAGACGGAAGCUCUGUUUCAGAAAGGUCUACUGUCGCCAGUGGCUGCUGUUGCCAUAGAGAUGAAGGAAAAAUACCUUGAGUGGUCUUACAAUGCUGGAGGCUACAAGAAAGCCAGAAAAGCCUUCACUAGUUUACAUGAGAACCGGCCGUUCUCCAAGGCGUUCUUCACCAGAAUGAUCCAGAUUGAGAAAGAACAAGAAUCUCCCAAGAUGAGCAACCUGAGGGAUUUGUUUGAGAGGGCCCUGAGGGAGUUUGGCUCCACAGACGACGGUCUGUGGCUGGACUACAUUAGGGAGGAACUUGGACCCCUGGGCCAACCUGGGAACUGUGGGAAGAUCCACUGGAGGGCCAUGAAGAUGCUUGAGGGGGAGAGUGUGGAGAGAUUCACAACACAGUACACUUUACUGCAGACGGGACACAUCUAGAUCACAGAUCUUGACCCCUGCAAGUUUCAGAGAUGGACCGUUCCAACAGUGUCUUCAUUGACAGCUGAUAAUGUUAUGAGUUAUACUGUAGA